AUGGUCGCACCAACCACUAACGGGGCGAAGUCCCAGACGUAUCGGUUCUCGGCUGACUCUAUCGUACCUUUCUGGCUUGAAGGCAAGGAGAUUGUCACCGAGAGUACCUUUGACGUUAUCUCCCCGUUGGAUCAGAAAGUCCUCUACCGCUGCGCAUCUGCCAGCGAGCGCGACGUUGACAAUGCCGUUUCCGCCGCGCAAAAAGCCUUGGACGGGUGGUCCAACACAAAGCCCAAAGCACGACAAGACAUAUUCCUCCGCGCCGCAGAGGAGUUCAAGCGCAGGCGCGAUGAGCAUCGUCACUACAGCUAUACCGAAACCGGAGCCGCCGAAGCCAUGUUUGGAUUCGAAUUCAACGGAGCCUACGAUAUGUUCAGAACCAUUGCCGGACUUAUAUCGGUCGCAAGCGAGUCCUCAAGCCCAGUGGUGGAUGCUGCAGGCAGCAGUGCACUGGUCAUAAAGGAGCCAUACGGGGUUGUUCUUGCAAUCGCGCCGUGGAAUGCUCCUCACGUGCUGGGACUUCGAGCUUCCCUUCAGCCACUGGCGAUGGGUAACACAGUCGUUCUGAAAGGACCUGAGGCCGCGCCAGGAACCUAUUGGGCCAUUGCCGAUGUGUUGCACGCCGCUGGACUGCCCGCUGGCUGCCUGAACACGAUCUAUCAUCGGCCACAAGACGCCCCUCGGAUCACCAGCGCCCUCAUUGCGCAUCCAGCCGUGCAAAAGGUCAACUUCACGGGUUCAACGGCCGUGGGGUCAAUUAUCGCAUCCCUUGCCGGUAAACACCUUAAGCCGACUGUGAUGGAGCUGGGAGGCAAAGCGCCCGCCAUCGUGUGUGACGACGCGGACCUUCAAAAGGCUGCCUCACAGUGUGCACUAGGUGCAUUUCUACAUGCAGGACAGAUAUGCAUGUCAACGGAGAGGAUAAUUGUUCACGCCACAAUCGCAGAAGAAUUCCAGCAGGUUCUGAGAGCGAGCGUCGACCAUCUAUUUAGCGACGGCACAACACCACCUCCUCAGCUUAUCUCCCAGAUACCAGUGGAGAAGAACAACAAGCUCCUCGCUGAUGCCGUAUCUAAAGGUGCAAAGAUCUUGUACGGUGAUGUUAACCACGAUGCAAUCUCAAAGACCGCCAUGCGUCCCGUCGUGGUCGGAGGAGUAACCCUGCAGAUGGAAAUCUACCAGACGGAGUCCUUUGGGCCGACUGUAGCGCUAUACAUCGUGUCGUCGGAUGACGAGGCAAUCAAGCUGGCGAAUGAUACCGACUAUGGCCUUUCCAGCGCCGUAUUCACGGAAGAUCUGCGCCGAGGACUGAGAAUCGCGAGGCGGCUGGAAUCUGGCGCGGUGCACAUCAACUCCAUGAGCGUCCACGAUGAGUCUGGAUUGGUGCAUGGGGGUGUGAAGAAGAGUGGCUUUGGCCGCUUCAAUGCUAUGGCCGGGCUGGCUGAAUGGACCAGGACGAAGACUGUGACAUGGCAAGACUAA